GCUUCCCCAGAUAUUGAGCUGGAGGUGCCCGGGGUCCCGGAGACAUCUGUGUGGCGAGGAAAGGCGCGGUUGCAGAGGAGCUCUUCAUGACUGAGCUGUGCUGAGCAUGGACCCAGGUGGUGGAAGUCUUGGACUGCAGAUACAAGAGUCCAAAAUGCCCCAUACUAUGAUCAUGCAGGACUUUGUGGCUGGCAUGGCCGGGACCGCUCACAUCGACGGAGACCACAUAGUCGUGUCCGUCCCCGAAGCGGUGCUGGUGUCCGACGUGGUCACGGACGCCGGGAUCCCGCUGGACCCCGGGCUGGCCUCCGGCGUCGUCCAGGGCCCCGACAUCAUCACGGAGACGGACGUCGUCACGGAAGGCGUGAUGGUGCCCGAGUCCGUCCUCGAGGCCGACGUGGCCCUCGAAGGAGCCCUCGACGCCGGCCACCGCGUCCUGGCCUCGGAGCGGAUCGCGGAGACGGUCGGGGUCGCCGACCGGGUGUUCGUGGCCGACCUCGUCACGGGGCCCGGCGGACACUUGGAACACAUAGUGCGGGAUUCCCUCUCCGGAGCGGAGUCUCCCACGAUCGUCUCCGAGGAGGUUCUCGUGACGCACUCGGAGACGGACGCGGUCAUUCAAGCGGCCGCCGGGCCCGGCCCCGGCCCCACGGUGACUAUAAAGACCGAAGAUGAGGAUGACGGGAAGAGCGCUUCGGAAGACUACGUGAUGAUAUCCCUGGAUGACGUUGGGGAGAAACUAGACCAUAUUGGAAGCACACCGUUAAAAAUCAGCACUGAGGUUUCACCCGACAACGUGUCUAAAGAAGACGGUUUUGGUUCGGAAGUAAUUAAAGUGUAUAUAUUUAAAGCUGAAGCGGAAGAUGAUGUGGAAAUAGGUGGCACAGAGAUCGUCACGGAGAGCGACUUCCACAACGGACACUCUGUGGCCGGAGUGAUCGAACAGGGAGGCGUAGGCCGAGUGCAGCGAGAGAAGAUGGUUUACAUGGCCGUGAAAGACACCUCUCAGGAAGAUGAAGAUAUCAGUUGCGCGGAAAUAGCCGACGAAGUUUACAUGGAAGUUAUUGUCGGCGAAGAGGAAGCCCCUUCUCUCCCCGACCCCCAGCUCGAAGACACUGGUGUGAAUAAAACGUUUGUCCCCGUCGCCUGGGCUGCGGCGUAUGGAGACGAAAGAAGACUUCCCAGAAGAUAUGAAGAUUGUCAAGCAUCAGGAAAUAAUUUGGACACGAGAUUAGAAAACAAAAAUGGUACGGCAGCGCAGUACCUUCAAAUUUGUGAUAGCAUUAACACGAAUAGAGCUCUUAAACAAAAAGCCAAGAAGAGGAGAAGGGGAGAAGCGAGGCAGUGGCAAACAGCCGUGAUCAUCGGGCCCGACGGGCAGCCCCUGACGGUGUACCCGUGCCACAUCUGCGGGAAGAAGUUCAAGUCGCGCGGGUUCCUGAAGAGGCACAUGAAGAACCACCCGGACCACCUGGUGAAGAAGAAGUACCAGUGCACGGACUGCGACUUCACCACCAACAAGAAGGUGAGCUUCCACGACCACCUGGAGGGCCACAAGCUGAUGAGCAAGGCAGACAAGGCGCCCGAGCUGUCGGAGUACACGCGGCGCUACCGGGAGGCCAGCCCCCUGAGCUCCAACAAGCUGAUCCUGCGGGACAAGGAGCCCCGGCCGCACAAGUGCCGGUACUGCGAGUACGAGACGGCCGAGCAGGGCCUGCUGAACCGGCACCUGCUUGCCGUCCACAGCAAGAACUUCCCCCACGUGUGCGUGGAGUGCGGCAAGGGCUUCCGCCACCCGUCGGAGCUGAAGAAGCACAUGCGGACCCACACGGGCGAGAAGCCCUACCCGUGCCCGCACUGCGUCUUCCGCUGCGCCGACCAGUCCAACCUGAAGACGCACAUCAGGAGCCGGCACGGUGCCGCCCUGCCCUUCAAGUGCGAGCACUGCCCGCAGGCGUUCGGCGACGAGCGGGAGCUGCGGCAGCACGCGGAGCUCUUCCAGGGCCACAAGGCUCACCGCUGCCCGCACUGCGACCACAAGAGCACCAACUCCAGCGACCUGAAGCGGCACGUCAUCUCCGUGCACACCAAGGACUUCCCCCACAAGUGCGAGGUGUGUGACAAGGGCUUCCACCGGCCCUCGGAGCUGAAGAAGCACGGCGAGAGCCACAGGGGGAAGCGGGUCCACCAGUGUCGGCACUGCGACCUGAAGACGGCCGACCCGUUCCUCCUCAGCGGCCACAUCCUGUCCGUCCACACCAAGGACCCGCCGUUGAAGUGCAGGCGCUGCCGGAGGGGGUUCCGGCAGUCGCCGGACCUGAAGAAGCACACGAAGGGCCACGGCGGGCGGAAGGUCUACCAGUGCCAGUACUGUGACUACAGCACCACGGACGCCUCCGGCUUCAAGCGCCACGUCAUCUCCAUACACACCAAAGACUACCCGCACCGCUGCGACUACUGCAAAAAGGGAUUCCGGCGGCCGUCGGAGAAAAACCAGCACGUAAUGAGGCACCACAAGGAGGCCGUCGCCUGAGGAGGGAAGCCCGGGAACUGUUGCUCCCGGUGUCGGAGCUCGAUAGCCGAUCGUCCUUCGUAUCGCGAGUCUUCUAAGUAUUAGCGGGGCCG